UUAACAAUAAUUGGUGUAGGUGAGGACUAGUUGGCCGAUGGAAGAACUGUUUCUAAUCGACGAGUUUCAGAAUUCAAUGGCAUACGACCAGACUCCAAGACAUCCCAUAACCACAUCUGUGAAUACUCCCCAAGAGACUGUCGACAUAUUUGAUGCCAUAACGUAUAGAAAGGCGGCGUCGGUUCUGAGAAUGUUGAGAUACACGGUGACCGAAAAUCUGUUCCAAUUGUCCCUUCAAUAUUAUUUGAAACAAUUUAGUUACAAAGCAGCGGAUCCUACAAACCUGUUUUCAGCAUUUGACAAUGUGUUAUACGACAAGAAUUAUGAAAUUGGGAAUGGAUUGACAGUAAACGAAUUCAUGUCAAAUUGGACGUUACAAUCGGGAUAUCCGGUUCUGAAUGUUACGAGAAAUGCAACUACAAAUACAUUUUCAGUGACUCAAAGCCAAUUUUACGUGAAUAAGACCGAUACAACCAUCAACGAGACGGCGGCAUGGCACAUUUGUCUCACGUACACAACCGAUGUAAGCAAAAAUUUCACUUACAACAGUAGUUCUUCCGUCUGGACAAACAAAGAAUCGCCGUUGACCGUUUUCGAAGCCCCCGAAGAUAUUAAUUGGUACCUGUUUAACCCAAAAGCAAUCGGUUUUUACAGAGUGAACUACGACGUCAACAACUGGAUGGCGCUGAUCAAGCAGCUGAACGAGACGCCCACCGAUAUCCAUGUACUCAGCCGAGCUCAGCUGAUAGACGACGCAUUCAAUUUGGCGAGGUCAGGCCAGUUGGACUAUUCAGUGGCAUUGCACUUGUCCAAAUAUCUGAAGUAUGAAAACAACACUACACCGUGGUAUUCGGCGAUGAAUGUCUUCUCGUACUUGUUAGAGCGCAUGCCCCGUAGCGACGAAGGAUACGAAGACUUCAAGUCUCACGUCAGCAGUUUGGCUGGGACCAUAUACAAAAAGCUAGAAGACCUCGUGUCGAGCGGCAACACUGAGUUUAAAGUGUUGAGUGCUUGGGAAACAUUUUCAAGUUGGGCGUGUAGGUUGGAGAACAAAUACUGUUUGACGAAAGCACAGGAAUACUUCAAUAAAUGGCAAGCCGGAGAAAAAAUACCUGCUGAUAUCAAGGACGCGGCUUUCUGCAUCGGAGUGAAGAACAGCAACGGUUCAUCGGUAUUUAACAACAUGUUAGCGUUGUAUAAUAGCACGAACUCAAUUUCAGAAAAAUCUUCAGCUGAGUCUGCUUUAGGAUGUUCUACCAACAGGACACAAUUGUCUGAAUAUAUAAAUCAUAUACUAGAUGGACCCAACGGACUGAUCAAAUAUAAAGACAUGAGAUCCGUCGUGUCUGCAAUAUCAGUGACUCCAUUGGGUCUCGAUGUGCUAUACGAAUUUAUGUCAACCAACAUAAACAUAACUAUGGACCAGCUACCUAAUGGUGAAGAUAUAAUUACCUUUAUAUAUUCAACCCUUGCUUCCAAGGUGACAAACGACGAUGAAAUCGAAAAGAUAAACAAUUUUAAGAACAAUUCCACUGUUCGAGCCUCUGUACGACCUACGUUUGAAAACUCUUACAAAGUGGUUGAAUACAACUUGGAAUGGUUCGACAGUUAUUCUGUUGGCAUUAACCAAUGGACUUCAGCGUACGGAGAAAAAGAACCGCAGGAUAUUGAAAUCACUACAUUACCGCCUACGACGAUCGCUGCAGGCACUACUACUGGUAGUACUAGUAUGAAUGUAACGGUUAAAAUAUCGACCACUACUCCAAAACCGUCGAGUGCAACUUUGAACGCGUACAGCAGUCUUGUGAUUUUACAACUUACAGUCUUUACAGUACUGAUAAAAACGUACUUUUUGUAAAAUGUAAUAAGAAAAUCCUAAUUUAUGAUUGAAGUGUAUUAAUAUUGUAUUAAAAGUUACGAAGAUAAUAUUUAUAAUUAUUAUAAAUAUUUUUUAAACCUAAAAGGUAUAAAAUAUGUUCAGCCAGUACAGUAUAAUGUUAAAUAAAUGUGAUAUGUAUUGA